UUAAACAGCAUACUUAGAUAAUACGUCGUCGUUCCCCGAUUUAUCUUUGCAUUAAACUAUAGCUUUUCCACAUUUGCAGAAAAAACUGGGCAAUACCAAGUCCAACUGUCAAAUUCAGGUGAGUUUUCUUUUCUUGAUCGUACUUUCUUCUUUUCAUAUGGUUUCCAUUUCAUGAUUUAUAAUCCUUUAAUAUCGAGUGUUAUACAUCAUGAAUUGCUGGUAUUAUUUGCAACUAUUUCUAUUAACAAAUUUCUAUUGUUGUUUUUGUCUUCAUUCAAUUUAGAUAUUGAAUUACUGUCAUUUGCCAUAUCAUGUAAUAAUAUGCGAAGUAGUAUCUUCUAGUUUUUUGAAGUAAAAAGAUUAUUGUUCUUUUAAUUAUUGAGUAGACCAAGGGAAGAUCAAGGUUAGGCAAGAAUCGAACCCAAGAUUUUAACGGGAAAGUGAUAUUAAAAGCGAUGAUUCUUCAAAAGAAAUGAAUAAACAAAUGUUAUGUAUAAACAAUCAAGAGGAUGAAGAUAUCGAGAAUUGGGUGAAUUACAGUUAUACAUCCUUUCAUCAAAUACUGCUUGUGGGUGAAGGAGACUUCUCUUUUUCAUUGUCUUUGGCUCACAAUUUGGGUUCUGCCUCCAAUAUUGUUGCUACUUCUCUUGACUCUUAUGGUUCUUUAACAAAGAAGUACAAGAAAGCAAGAUCAAACUUGGUUAAGCUGCAGAAGCUAGGAGCCUUCCUUUUACACGAGGUCGAUGCAACUAAAAUGAAGCUUCACACUGAUCUCAAGAUGAGGAAGUUUGAUCGCAUUAUCUUCAACUUUCCUCAUGCCGGCUUUCAUGGAAGGGAAGAUAAUCCGCUUAUUAUUAAAAAGCAUAGGAGGCUUGUGCAUGACUUUUUCCACAAUGCAAGGGGUAUGCUGCGACUUAAUGGUGAAAUUCAUGUUAACCAUAAAACAUCGGCCCCAUUUUGUAACUGGAAUCUCGAGGAGCUUGCUUCUCAGAACUCGCUUGUACUUUUUGACUGUGUACCCUUUCGUAUUGAGAACUAUCCGGGUUAUAACAACAAGAGAGGGGAUAGCUGGAGGUGUGACGAGCCUUUUCCUUUGGGAGAAUGCAGCACUUUCAAAUUCAUUUUCUCACCUGGGUCUAGAGAUAGGCACAGGUCGGGUUGGCAUGCAAGUGGCUUGGGCAUGGCGCGGCAUGAUACACAAAGCUAUGGGUUAGGGCUGUGGCAGGGACAAGAUGUUUUGAAUUUGGUACGGCGUGUGCUUUGUGCCAGGCAGCCCACUUUUUCGCAUGAAAACAUGACCCGCCAGACAUGGCGCGUUCCGACACAAAACACAGAACAUCCUACCCCAACCUACCGGCCUGUUCAAACACUGCCUAACUAAAAUGAUCAUGUGACAAAAUGUCACGGAAUAAUAGGUUUCUUAAAAGUAUAAAUUGGCUCAUUUUGUCUAACUAAAAUGAUCAUGUGACCAAUAGAGUCAUUUCCUCACUUCUCCCCUUUCUUUCCUUUUUUGAGUCCUUUCCCCACUUCUCCCCUUUCUUUCCUUUCCUUCCC